AUGGCUACGUUUUUUGCCGCGUCCGCUCGACGCAAGGUGUCCGACAGUUGUCACGACAACGCCUCGUCGCUAACUGGCCAGUGUUGCCAGGUCGCCCCGGCCCGGGAGACGGUUAUGACGCGCCUGGGCGUGCCCCGGGUCGCGCCCUCUCCGUUCCCCGGGCCAUUUGCCCGCCGGAAUGCGGUGUCAUCAGUGGCGAACGGAGCGUAUAAUGGAAAACGCCCCUCCGGCGACAACCCUCCGCACCGUCGCCCCCGACCCUCGCGC